AUGCGUUUUACACAGACUCUGGUACUCAGAACAGUCAUCCUCGCCCAUAUAUGUACUGCAGCCAAUAUCUCCGGCACUCCUUACGUUGACACCAACCAAAUCAGGACAUUUCGCUUGACAGCCCUGAAUUCCACCGACCCUGCCAACAGCGCGAUCAUUACCCGACACGAGGAUGAAAUACUACCGAACGGAACUGUGCAGGUCCGCCAUGGUUCAGGUUCCCGCAUCCUUCCUUCAGGCACGCCCCUGAAUGUCUCGGCACAAGUGAACGGGUCUCUUGUGUCCAUCGACUCCUUCAUGCACAACAUGGGUCUCGGUGGUAUGAUGGUCGUCAAGGACGGUGUCAUCAGGCUAAAGAAGUACAAACUUGGCAACCAAAAGCAAUCUCGAAACUCCAUUCAGUCUUGUACAAAGUCCUUCACGUCAACUGCUUUCGGUAUUGCCGUCAAGCAGGGAAAGAUCAACAUUCAUGAUCUGGCUGGAAAGUGGAUCCCAGAACUUGCCAAUACGCCGUAUGGAAUGGUAUCGCUGGAUAGCAUCAUGGACAUGACAGCAGGGGUUGCAGCACCAGCCAACGCGACCGACUAUUUUGAAGUCUACAAAGAAUCUAAUCCAAAGGCUGUGUUGGACUUGUUCAAGACAUAUGAGAGGGUUGCUAGUCCGGGCGCGGUAUACAACUACAUGGACCAGAAUUAUGCUGUCACUGCCAUUGCGUUGCAGCGAGCCAUAGGCGAGACAUUGCAAGACUUCGUCACGAGACACAUCUGGACUCCUGCUGAAAUGCAAUACGAUGGCUACAUGCGUACAACAGCAGCACAUCAAGUCGACGGUCAUGGCGGCCUUGCAAUCACACUGGGAGACAUGUCACGCUUCGGUCUUUUCGUCCUCGACAACAUCCAAGGACGUGGCGGCCCUGCUGUUCCAUCUGGCUGGUUUGAAGCGAUAGCAUCAGCAAACAGUAGUACCGGAAUUCGAGCACCAGGGAACAUCACAGAAGUGCCUGGCUUCGGCUACCAGACUGGCUGGUGGACUUUGCCUCGUGGUAGCGUUGGUACUUAUGCUUUGGGAGACGAUGAAGCCUUCGCCGCGCUGGGGAUGUACGGACAGGCUAUCUAUGUCAUUCCUAAGCUCAACGCUAGUGUGGUCCUGCAGUCUUACUAUCCGAUCCAGUAUGAGGAAGUCUUUUACUUUGGGCAGCAAUUCGUGACGGAAAUCGCUCUUGCUUUGAGAAAAUCUGGAUAG